AUGAAUGUUAGGCGUGUUGUUUUCAGUUUCCGGAGUUUACGCUUAUGCAGAGUAAAUGGGUUCGCUACAGUUAGGCUCCCAAUACCAGGGGUGGAGAAUGUGUUGCUGAUAUCAUCAGCGAAGGGUGGCGUCGGAAAGUCAACUGUGGCUGUCAAUUUGGCUUUGGCUUUACAACAUCACGUGGAUGGUGGUAACAUUGGUGUGCUAGAUGCCGACGUAUUUGGACCUUCUAUACCAAGAAUGCUCAGAUUGGAAGGCAUAUCUCCUGAAGUCGAUAAAAUGAAACGCAUCAUACCCCUAACUAACUACAACAUCAAAUGUAUGUCCAUGGGCUUCUUAGUCAGUAGUGAAUCAGCAGUCACAUGGCGUGGUCUCAUGGUAAUGUCAGCGAUUCAGCAACUGUUACGUCAAGUUCACUGGGGACCGCUUCAUACACUCAUCGUUGAUAUGCCCCCAGGAACCGGAGAUGUACAACUUUCAGUUUGCCAAAAUGUCCCCGUCCAAGGUGCUAUUAUUGUUACAACUCCACAAGCAGUAGCUACCACUGAUGCUCAAAAAGGAAUAGAUAUGUUUCGAAAACUAAAUAUUCCUAUUUGCGGGAUAGUUGAAAAUAUGAGUGAAUACAUCUGUCCAUCCUGUGGUCAUCAUGAACCAUUAUUCGACAAUAUGAAUGAGGGUAAAUCUGGAGGUGAAAGACUGGCUGAGACUACUAACCUACCCCUUCUUGCACGCAUACCAAUCGACCCGCAACUAGUACGCGCCUGUGAUAAUGGUGAGCCAAUAAUCGUUUCUAACCCGGAAUCAAAAACCUCAAGUAUUUAUAAGGAGCUUGCAGAUAUUACAAUUAAACGGUUGCAUAUUCUAAAAAGUGGAAAUAUACAUAAAAACAGUUCCAGUACACAGCAGAAUGGUAUACUGUACAACCGUAAAUAA